UGUCAGGUUCACACUGUGCUCUGGCGCACUCCAAUGCCACGAGUUAGGGUUUUGCGAGAGAAUGCUCCAGUGUGGCAACCGAUUGUGUCGAAACUCCGCUGGCGCAUGAUCUUGGGAAGAGAAUCCACGAAUCCAAUCACCUCUCCGUCACGCCAUGUUUGCUCGAACGAUGCAGCAGGAGGAAGGCGACGUGCGGAGGAGGAACAAGCGCGUUUCGCCACUUGCUGAGCUCGCGGAGAGGCUCUCCGUCAAGUUCCGGAACGAAGAGUAUGCGCCAACGAAAGAAGAGCUAGAGGCUGUGUCCAAGUGUAAGAACGAGGUUUUGGCGAGCUCAUUGAAAUACCCUCUCUUCUUUGGAGUUAUCGCGGGGAGUGUCUCUUACCGCCUGCAAGUCUUGACACGCGCGUUUAGUAUUGCAGUGGCAUCUGCUUUUGGCCUUGAAUAUGGGCGACGGAAGGCGGAGUAUGCAUGCAUCAAGCACUUCAUUUCACUUGACGGAAGCCCAAUCAAGUCAAUACUUGUCGACAUCCUGCAGAGAGAUUUUCCUGAUCACCCGCUAUUGCGGGAAGCAUCGCAGAGUAACUCUUUCCACUCCGAAGGUUACAAGGCUUCGGAGAACAACUUAUCAAGAAGAAAAGAAAUAGGCUUUCCUGCAGAACCUAGGGGCUUCAGCUCCUUGGGUGACAGUCCACCUGACUAUGGGAUGGAAGGUCAAGAACGUCAAUUUGGUGAACUCGGAGGCAAACCAAGAAAUAUGAUCAGUAGGCGUGACACACGCAUCGGUCGAAGGCAGGCUGCAGAAGGCAGCGAUUUAGAUAAUUCACAGGCUAUCGAAGAAACGGAUCUUUUAGUGGACCCGUUCAGUAUAGCUGUGUGGUCGGAAAUCGACGAUAAUUCUGGUGUCAACUCAGGGGAUAAAUCUACGAGGAAACGAGAGGUGCGUCUGAGUCGUAUGACCAGCGAGCAGAAAAAAGAGCAUUACAAAAGACUUCGUGAGCUGAGAGACAGUGCACAGCGGGGACAAUUUAGUAGUUUGUAGAAUCGGAAACAGUAAGAGUGAAAGAUUUGGUUCUUACGCUGGUAAUAAUUGAUGUGACAGGGGUAUCAAUGUUCAAAAGAUGUGGUGAGGAGUGUCUGUAAAUUCCAUAUUAUAGUACACAAGAAUAUGUAGUAUUGUAGCAAAAUCCAGGGGUUUUAGGUUUAACAUGAUUACCUAUCAUAGGGUCAGAUCCUAAUUGCAGUUAUUGAUACCAUUAAUCAACUGUUUUUCAAGAGCUCGAUGGCUUUUGAACGUA